AUGAGCUCUUCCACGAUCCAAGGCAGCGCCAUGUUCCCCAACCGCAAGAGGAGGCAGCAGACGGGGGACGUGGUCGUCGAUGGCCUCAAGCAGCAAGAGACCAAGCGCCCCUUCGCCAAUGGGGACAAGAAAAGGGAUGGAGGAAGCGGAUCGGUGUCGGCAGCGGCGUUGCCAUCGCUGGGUGUGGUCGCGGGGGCUACCGCUCCCAAGUCUUCUUCGAACUCCCACGUCCAGGAGGCUAUUCACAAGGAGGUGCAAUACUCCCGAGAAGGAAAGAGCAAGGGGAACGUACCGGCGAACACGCUCGCCGUCUUCCGGUUCGUCAAGGAGGCCUUCGUCAUCCCAAACAACUUCGAGAAGGACCACAAGAUGGAGUGGAAAGGAGACGGAAGAGAGAAGGCAGGUAGUGUUUUGUGAAGCUCGACCGUUGAAGAUCAGAGCAAGCCACCUCGGGCAAGUGCUGGCUCCACAGCCGACAUGAACAUCUAAAACAGGAAGAUAACGCCACGUUUCGGCAAAUUGCUUCUGUCACCCGAAUCACAUGUAGGUGUAAUUCCUGAGACUUAUGGAUGUCGCAUUGCGAGCUAUAAUACCCCGGGGGGGAGGUCGUAUUCCAUCAAACGUGUUGUUAUUCACCACUCGAAAGGGAGCGACCAAGGAGUGUGUGCUGAAAUCCAACGCUGUCUGUCGGCCGGUAAUGUUUGUGGCCGUGAUGGGGUACAGCGUGGACACUGCUGUAGAAUUUCUUCGUCGUUCUCACGGCAGUUGUUUGGAGUAUGGGGGGAAGGGGUGGUACUUGGAGUGGUCACGUGUUUGUUGUAUUUGCUUUGUUAGGUCUGGAACAGCCUCGGCUGCUAUGGAAUAAGUAAGUUGCUGCCAUGCUGAUUGUGACACUCCUACCUCUUCGUCAUUUUCUUCCUUCUGUUCUGAGGAUUCUUGUUCAUUUUCUGAGAAUCCAUCCUCAUGUUCUGAGUACACUUCUUUUCUUGUAAGAAUCUUCCUUUAUGUUCUGAGAGUCUUCAUUUUCUGAAAAAAUUGGAAAUUGUCGCGACGGAGGGUGAUAGAGGUCGAGUUCUCGCGCAUAUUUUCUUGAAGUAUACAAACGAUCCAUGUUUUGUUUGACGGCCUGUCACGUUGCUGAAGAGCAGAGUUUGGUCAAGCGGCGUGCAUCGUGUAUUUAGUGUAUG